CUCCUAGUCCUAGCUCCCUCCUCCCCCCUUCCCCCCCCACAACUUUGAUUCAGAAUGUCGCAACGCCCAACCGGAAGCACUAUGGGGCCGGCCGCCUUCAUGUGGCCCGCGGAUCGUCCCUGGGCAGCAGAGUACGACAACGUACCUCCUUGCGGCUCGAGCGCAGGCGUUGGAGAGAGAACGCCUUUUCCGCUCACGGACGGACGCCUCGCCAUGAUCACGCAGAACGAGACGACGGCCGUCCACAUGAGCAUCUCGUAUGACAACAACCCCACUUCAUUGUCUCAAUUCGAGACGUUCUACACGCCCAACGAGGUUGACCUGGACCUGGGUCACACGUGCGUCUGGGCCCCCGAUCCGCCAGCAAAUGUGACGGCCGGAACAAAUGCGACUUUCAGCCUGAUGUACGUCGCCAACGCUGUCAACGAGGCGCCUGCACAGGUGUUCUACGCAUGCACCGACGUCACCUUCGUCGAGCCGGCUGCAUUUGCAGCAACUGGGAUCGCAGUGCCGUGUUUCAACGCGACCCGCGAAGCUCCCGCCGGCGACACGGUAACGACUGAAUCCGGCACUACGCUGACGAACCCUCACGUAGAUUCAUCGGCCCAAGGCUCUGGAGGUCUGACGGGCGGUCAAAUUGCAGGUGCCGUCGUCGGUAGCGUGGCAGGCGCAGCCUUACUGCUGGGCCUGGCGUUUGCGCUCUUCAAGCGCAGGCACGCCAAGGCUGAGGCGCGCGCAUCAACGGACCCUUUCAAUGCUGGGUCGCGCAUGGAGCAGUCUUCGGAUGGAAGCAAUUCUCUCGCAUCGAGGUCCCUGAGCGAAAUGAAGCAGGCUCAUUGACUGGACUUGCAGACUCAAAACAGCAGCUGAGUCUCAUCGAGUCGCCCAUCCAGUCCUACCUCGUCGGGUAGCAUCGAAGGUGUUCCAGACCG